GACAACAGCAUCCUAAAUGAACCGUUCCUGAUCGUCUUCUGCAGAUUACAAACCUGUGUAUGUUGAGGAUGACCUUGAAGCAGUGAUUAUUGACAGUUCUGAAAUACAAGAUGGGGAAAAUGAUCUGUCUACACAAAGCUACAUGUGGAUGGAACAAAAUUUUGAAGUAAACAGUAACGUUAACCGUAUGGCUCAACUUGCCUGUGGUAGUUGCACUUCAUUUUCUUUGGUGAUCUAACAGUUAGUAGGUAAUUUUAAUGCUGUAUUUUCAGUGCUCCUGUCUUUAAUGUUAAGGUUGUGCAGCUUGUCUUUAAAGCAUGUUUUAUUUGAAUGCUAUUUAGAGAAAUCGUUUGGCAGUGCAUUUAAAAAUAAAAGGCCAUUAAGUUAUUACUUCAGAGAUCCUUAUUAAUAGCUAUCCCACUGAAAUAUCAAUUUGUUUAAAGAAAGACUUUCUUGUGUAUACCAAGGAAUGAGUUAGCUAAUGAUUAGCACUUAGGAAAGGGAUUUGGAAAGUAAAUGACAUGAAAAAAACUAAUGUACAAGAUGUGGCUUCUAGGUUAACAGCCAAGAGGAGCAUUGCUGAUAGCACUGUGCAGUAGUAGUAGGAUGAUUAUUCAGAGUGGUAAAAUACCAGCUCUGAGUAGCCUUUGAUUUUCUUUUUUUCAUUAACUGUUGUUAUUUUAGCAUCUAAGAUCAAAGGCUCUCAGAAACCUUAUCCAAUUUUCCAUUGGCUCAGAUGAAAUUCAGCUCUUCAGAUUGUGUCUUGAGUCCGGUAGCAGUAUUUCUAAGUUAGCAAAGAAUAUGACUGUAGUUAGGUGAUGUUAUUUACUACUUCUUUUUUCCCCAGCCUGUUGAGUUAAUAGAGGUUCUUAUCACUACUUCUCUUCAGCAGUGUCCCACACAUCUUAGUUUCCCAGUGUUAUUAAGUGCUUUUGGAUUAAUUCCCUUAGUCUUCUAUUUGACAAUAGAGUUUGUUGUAAAUUUUUGUACAUCUAUGAUGAAGAACAUGUUUGGGGAAAGGAAGAAAGUGGUUUAAAUGGCUUACUCUGUUUUUUUAUCUCUGAUUAGAAACAAAUAAAUAAACUUAAAAAGAAAAAAUCCUGCCCAGGAAAAUGUUGUAGACAAUUGCUGACCUUGGCUUCAGAAAAUCAAUAAGUAUAUAUCAGCAAAGGAACCAUGAUGAGUAGGAAGUGAAGGCUUAUUGGUCCUGGCUGAACAAGUGGAAGCACAAAAGAGCCAUUCUGCAAGUACACAGAGAGGAAAUGGUCAUGUCCCUGAAAAAAUGGAUUUUGUCUCUUUGUGUAAUAAAAGAAAGCGACUUGCCCCAACUCCAGUGGGACAGAAUGUGAUGAGAACCGGUGAAGGAGAAUAUGAAGACAGUGAGAGUGUAAUUUAUGAGUAUGAACCAGAUUAUGAAUGCGGGAGUGUUGUAUCUGAAGCUUCCUACACUGGAGAUCAGCAGAAAACUCUCAUGGAAGUUCUAAGUUAUUGUCAGGCCAUGUACGAUUCCAUUCAGAAGCUGGAUAAAAAACUUGACUUGCUUCAUCGGAAGGUCUCAGAAAUGCAGCAUACUUGUGCUAGGCCACUGUUACUGAAACCCAAACCAGUUGGAUUUACAUACAGAAGUUCCAGUCAUUUGUCCCAGGGGAGAAUAAGAGUACAAAAGUCUAUGGAAAGGGAUUCAAGACUUCAUCUCUCUUCACCAGGCCGAGGAAGGCAUAACCCAGUCAUAAGGGCUGCUUUACAAAAUAGUCAUGUUCAGGUCAAUUCCACAACAAAUAGCGUUCAACAGACUGUUGAACUUGAAUCUCAGCAGCCUGUUCUUAGGCAGAGCCCUCCACUCCCCACCAUAGUUUCUACACAUUCCUUGCAUUCACAGUUUACAGCAGCUGACAGCAUCCCUGACCUUCUUCCACAACCAAGUCUUUCAGCUACUGUUGAAAGUACUGUCAACAUUCCAUCAUCUCCAGCAGCAUCAUCAGUGAUGCCAGCACCACCUGAAACAGGUUUGGGAAAUGAAGCAGUGGUGGUGAACUACAGAAAUGCAUCUGGGAGUGUGAACAUUUGUAAAGAAGUGCCAUCUUCGUCAGUCUCCAUCCAUCCAAGCUUUGAAUAUGUUGGUGACCCAGUGAGAAAUGUGAAAGUGCUUGGAAACUAUUUGAUGAAAGCUCGGCAAAAGACUAAACCGAAGUAUGCAGCGCGCUACUUAGUUCGUGUCUUGUUCCCCAAGGAGGCUUUAUUGUGUAGUGUUAUAGGAGUGAGUACACAAGGGUGGUGUUCACUGGAUCCUAAUAAAAUGAAUGCAAUAAGAGAAUUUCUUGCAGCUAACUUUCCAAACUACGAUUUGAGUGAAUAUGGAAAAGACUGGAAAACUUGUAUCACCCAUAUCAAUGCUAUGAUCCGCUGUUUGCACUCUGAAACAAAAAUAAACCGAGUAAGUUGUCUGAAGGAGAUAGCUAAUGGGAAAGAGAAAUUGGCUGACACUCCAGAUACAUCACUUUGUGUAGAUUUAAAUUGCAAUGAAGACAGUAAAGGGAGUUCUCUAAACUCUCAGAUGAUGACCAUUUCUACCAGUGACAGUCUGCAGAAUUCAGGGUGGGAUAAGUUCCGGGAAACUUUCCAUACACCUUCUAUCAAAAAACUGCAGCCUCGGGAACCCAUGGAACUCCUUGGAAGUCCGUGGCGCAAUGUUCAGUUGCCUGUCUCAGUCAUUUAUGUAGCAAAGGGGAAGUCUCGGCCAGAGCUGUCAGCUCGCUACCUCGUUCGUCAUCUGUUCACUGAAGAUGUACUGGUGAAAAGCAAUGUCUAUGGUAAUCUUGAACGUGGUAUGAGUCCGUUGGACUGCAACAGAAUUAAUGCUCUCAGAGACUUUCUUCAAGAGAAUUACCCAUCCUUUGAUCUAAAGGAAACUGGAUAUGAUUGGAAGGCAUGUGUGGCUGCCAUAAACAGCACAAUCCGCAGUCUCAGACAUGACCACAAAAAGGCUACAGCUGGAAUCCUUUAAGGUGUCUUCCAACCCGAGGCAGUCUAUGAAUAUACCUAUGAUCAAGGCAGCAGAAGCAGGUGGAAACGUGAAGAGGAUAAAAAGGACCUCCGUGAGGGAAGAUAAAUAGCUUAGUUGACUAUUAAAUUGUGUGUCAGGAGGUAAAUUAGCUUCAUUCUGAUUUAGAGCUACAAAAGCAAGAAAAUAAAUCCAUAACAAAUAGCCCGAGGUUUAUGUUUUAUCAUGAUGAAAACUGAUGACAAUACUUCUUCAGGGGCAUAGUCACCUGCACAGUGGCAUAUGGCUAAUCAGGUCUGAUGUCCACAAGGUGCAAAUUUGCUGCAGCUUUCACCUAGAUAUCUACAGGAUUUGGAUCCUGGUUCAGAUUUAUGAAAGAAUAAUUUCCAUUAUCUUCUUGUGCUUGGACCUCUAGUUAACACUGUAAGAACAUGUGCUGCAUACUGUUCAUGUGCAGUCAGAGCUGACCAGCAUCAGUGGUACACUUUCUCAAGCUCACAGUCAUAGCUUUUAUGUUCAGAUCUGUGGCUGCUGGUUUAUAGGGUUAGAUGUAUUUGUUUGCUGUCUGGCUACACUGCUGUUCUUAAGGCUUUUUGUCCUGUUGUUGUUAACUUAAAUUGUGAAAGAUGUGCAGUGAUUAUUCCUGCCCUUGCUUGCUCUUCCUCAGAACACUGAGAUUUAUUAGUGGACUGAAUUA